AUGAAUAAUGAGAAACUAAAAACGAAAUAUCCUUCACAUUAUGAUUUAGAAUUACAUAAAUUAUGCUCUGUUUCCUCUCGUAUUGUAAAUACCGGUAACUUUUGGGAAUGGAAAUCUUGUCCAUUAUUAGGAGGAUUAUCCGCAGAAUUAGAAAGGUUAAAACAGGAGAUUGCUUCGUGUCAACUACAACCUGGUCAUGAUAAAUGGACAUGCUUGUUACCGCCAGAAGGAAGUUUCACAGUGGAAGCAAUCAAAAGGAGACUAGACAAAGUUGCACUGCACUCUUCCAGUCUUCCAUUGAUCAGUUGGUGCAAGGUUAUCCCAAUAAAGGUGCUCUGCUUUGUCUGGAGGGCUGCACAAGGACACAUUCCAUCUGCUAUAGCAUUACAAUCUCGUGGCAUGGAUAUCGACUCGACACUAUGUGGAACUUGUAUUGGUGAAGUUGAGUGUGCUGAUCAUAUUUUGAUGAGAUGCUCAUACGCAAAACUUAUAAUGAACAAGAUUUUCAAAUGGUGUGAAUUAAACAAAGAAUAA